AUGGAAAAUAUAACACAGCUAGAGUUGAGGUACACUCCCUUAAAAGAGUUCCCAUUUUCAUUUAGAAAUCUUUCUCGACUUCAAGAUUUGGUGCUGGUUGACUGUGGAAAUGUUCAGUUGCCUAGUAGCAUUGUCAUGUUGCCAGAACUGGCUGAGAUUUUCGCCCUGGGAUGCAAAGGGUGGCUAUUGCCAAAACUAGACGAGGAGGAUGAAGAAAAAGUGAGCUCAGUGUCUUCAAAUGUAAAAUGUCUUUGUCUCUCGGGCUGCAAUCUAUUAGAUGAAUAUUUUCCCAUGGUUUUAGCAUGGUUUGGUAAUGUGAAAGAGUUGGAGCUAUCGAGCAAUAACUUCACAUUUCUUCCUGAAUGCAUCAAAGAAUGUCACUUUUUGGUAUUGCUUAAUUUGGAUAACUGUGAGCAUCUUCGAGAAAUUAGAGGGAUUCCACCAAAUUUAGAAUAUUUCUCGGCUGGAAAUUGCAAAUCCUUGAGUUUCUGCUGUACAGCCAUGCUAUUGGACCAGGAGCUGCAUGAGGCUGGAAACACCAUGUUUUGUUUGCCAGGAUCAAGGAUUCCAGAUUGGUUUGAGCAACAAAGUAUAGGUCCAUCAUUAUCUUUCUGGUUUCGUGAGAAGCUCCCUGUCAUGGAUCUCUGUUUUGUUAUUGGGCCAAUGGGUAAGGACUCUAUUUUGUUUAGACCAAUCAUGACUGUCAAUGGCAACAUAAUGGAGAUACAGUCCUUAACUGAAAAGAGGUUCUGUUUCGACUUCCCAGCUUUAGAUUAUCAUGUACUUAUCAUCGGUACACAGUACACGAAGUUUGGAGAUAAUCUAGAUAAACCACUCUCUCAAAAUGAAUGGAAUCAUGUUGUGGUUUCCAUUGGUAUUGAUUUUGAACCAACCCCUAAAGAAAUUAUUGUCAAACAAACUGGAUUCCAUGUAAUCAAACCAGAAAGUAGCAUGGAUGAUAUCCAGUUCACUGAUCCUUAUUUCCAACCAUCCUUCAUAGAGAAGCAAAGAUUGGUUGACACUGUUGAUUGUCAUGGACAAUUUAUGCAGCAGCAAACUACUUCGGUUUCACUGGAACCACAUGUGAGACAAUGCAGAAAGUCAUUUUCAUUGAUUCCACCACAAGCAUGUAAAAAUAAUAUGAAUUGGGAUUCAAAUUCAACUGCAACAGGUAGCAUUGCCAGUGUCCAGGAUUAUGAAACUGCAUCACAGAAAUUACGGUUGGACACGGGAAUUCUGCAAUUUGUGCAGCAGCGGAAAAGAUUGGCUAUUUUGGGUUUAUGGCAACAACGACCCACGGCUUCAUUGGAUUUACUGCAACGAAGGGGCAGAGAUUUGCUUUCAUUGCUUUGUCCUCCAUCAUCGGAGUUGAUGGUAUCAUGGCAGAGGAGAUGCAUCACCACAGACCGAGGCGACCGAUUCAUGAGGCAAAAUCGAUUACCGGAAGAGCGCAUUCCGAUGGAGUUUGAGGAAGCGCAUAACAAUUUCCUUGCUAUAAGACUUUUGUAUAGACUUCUCGAAGAUAAUAGCAUCGCCUUGCAAAAUUCAACUUCAAAGCACUUGGUUGAGUGGGCACGAGCUUUAUUGAAAAGUUUGCUGGAUGUUGCUGUUGAAAGUGUUUUCGAGACUCAUUUAAAGUGGCAGGAGUUAAAGUCUCCAGUGGCAGCCAACAUUUCUCAAAGCUCUGUGAAAUAUCCAAUUUGCAGUAAAACGACUUCAGAAAAGUUGAAAUUAGUAUCAAAGAAACAAUUGCCAGAGCUGUCAAAGUUUAGGAUGUCUGAUGAUGAAGGAACAAAAUGUGGAACACUAUGCAGUGUAGGUGAGGAAAGCAGUGGGAUGCAACAGAAUUCAGUGAAGGUAACAAAUCUGUCUAAUGACAAUGACAUUUUGCCGAACACAGAGAGUAGUCAUAGCAAGCAACAGUAUAAUGAUGUAAAUGCUUUAUAUGGUGAUGGUGAGCAUGGAAAAGAGUCGACACAAAUGUUUGAUGCAAAAGAUGGUGAGCAAAAUGAAGAGAAUAAUGUAUUAUUGCUGAAUAGAAUUCAUGAAGCCCAAAGAAAUUCUAAUGCUGCCGGACAGAUUGAACAUCUGGAUCAGAAGGGUGAUUUCUCUGAUGAUUUGGUUAGUGCAAUAAAAAGAAUUGAGUCUCGGAUUUUGGCUUUCCAAAUUUGUUCUAAUGUAGUGGAUUCCACUAAGAACAGUGCAGGUCAUCGCAUUACACAUGAAGCAGCAAAUUCAGACAGUCCUGUAUUACAGAGAAACAACGGGGCUUCAGGAAGUCAGAUGAGUAGUGGAGAGUCCCUCUUGAAAGGACAUAGGUUGAUGAAUCAGAAAACAUUUAAACCAAGUUGUAAGGAUGAAAAUUCGAUUUCUGCUAAUGCUUUUGAGGAACCCUUUUCUGCUGGAAAGGAAUCGUUAAGUCAGAGUCAGAGAGCAAAUCAGAACCGUUGUCUUCAUAGUAGUGCAGAGUCUGCAAAGAACAUUGAUUUACCAAAGCAGAUUGGUACCCAGAUGGUAUCAAGAGGAGAGUGCUUGAGCAGUCAGAAUAGAAAUCAAAAUUCAGAACAAAACAUAGCUAUGAUAGCUAGUGUUGAGUCAUUGAACAAGUUAGUUAGCGGUGAUGCCUCUUUUGGGAGUCGAGCUAGUGAAGGUAUUCCUGGUUUGAGGGUCUCGUUGAAUGAAGACAAUCAUAGUGAGAAACAUUCCAUGAUAUUAAGUAAAACAAACAAGGAAAGUUUGGCAAGAAAAAAUCCAGUGGCAUGGUCUAAGACUGAACAGAAUCGGAAGGAAAUGAAUUCUGAAUCUUCCUAUACACGGAAGUCAGCUGGAUCUAAGUCCAUUAUUGCAAGGAGAGAAAAACCACCACCUCAUCAGAUGGUAAUGAAACCAACUCUAUUGGACCAGAGAUCCAGUGAGAUUAAGGUUAAUUCCCAUAAACACAGAGACUCUCCAGUUUUGGACAGAAGGAGGACUCUUAACACUGGUCAUCUUGAACCACGGAAGACAAGGGUUCUACCACAACAUCAUGAACGGGAGGAGUCAAGCUCAAGCUCAAGCUCUAACUCUGACUCUUCUCGCUGGAGUUCUCAGCAAGGCAGUGCCAAUAGUAGUAGUAGUAACUUUGAGGACUAUUCCUUGUCAGAUGGAACGCAGAGUCCCUCAUCAGGAAGGAUGGUGGAUUUGGCAGAUGAGGGCAGUUCAGAAGAGACUAACAGUUCAUAUCUCGAUAAGGAUGACGGCCCUUCUCCUAGAUUUGGAAGUUUCAAAUCUUAUAGACAUCACCAUGACAGAUAUCCAAAGGAAACUAAUGGAAGACUACGGAGGCUGAAAAAUAAGUUGGGAUUAAUCUUUCACCACCACCACCAUCAUCACCAUCAUCAUCAUGAUCAUGGUAACACUCAUGCUAGAGACGGUCAUGGACCUACUACGUGGAAUCACUUGUGGAAUGUCUUCCACCAUAAAAACAAGCAUGGAGUGCUAACAAAAAAAGAUGAGAAGACAAAGGGAGAAGCUGUUGCAAAUGGGUUGCCAAGGAGAAACCAGGUUGGGCAGUUUCAUAGACUUGCGGAAGGGGUGCUGAGGCACAUCCGGCAUUCAAAAAAAUCAAAGCCUUCCAAGCUUGAUGGGGUGAAACAGUCAAGGAAUACCCAACAUCGACAUAGUCAUAGGAAGUUGCGUUGCUAUUGCCUUCCAGCUCGUGGUAUUCAAGUUUCUAUCAGAUUGGCAGAUCAGGUCUAUCCUCUUAUUUUGGCUCUUUUGAAUGGCCGCUUUGUGAUGCUCGAAAUUCAAAGAUGUGGACCCGGUGAUGCAGGAUUUUUCAUAACUAAAGGUUUUGAGUACUUUAAGAACAUGGCUUUAGAUAUUAACUUAGCCAUCCUCAAAGAUAGAUUGAGUAUUUGA